GACCCAUGAAUACAAAUGCCGUUAGGUGCCCGUGGAAGGACGGACCGGCCAGCCUCGCACUUAGGGACCCAGGGGUUUCUCUUCGCCUGGAUCUUAGUCUCAUUCGCCUGUCACCUGGCCUCCACCCAAGGAGCUCCUGAAGAUGUGGACGUCCUCCAGCGGCUGGGCCUCAGCUGGACGAAGGCAGGGGGUGGCCAGAGCCCUGCACCCCCGGGAAUCAUUCCCUUCCCGUUGGGCUUCAUUUUCACUCAGCGGGCCCGGCUGCAGGCCCCCACAGCCUCCGUCAUUCCUGCUGCCCUCGGCACGGAGCUGGCACUGGUGCUGAGCCUCUGCUCCCACCGGGUCAACCAUGCCUUCCUCUUUGCUGUCCGAAGCCGGAAGUACAGGCUGCAGCUGGGCCUGCAGUUUCUCCCCGGCAGGACAGUUGUCCACCUGGGGCCGCGGCGCUCCGUGGCCUUCGACCUUGACGUGCACGAUGGGCGCUGGCACCACCUGGCACUGGAGCUCCGCAGCCGCACGGUUACUCUGGUGACGGCCUGUGGGCAGCGCCGGCUGCCUGUCCCGCUGCCUUUCCAUAGGGACUCCAUGCUUGACCCCCAGGGCUCCUUCCUCUUUGGGAAGAUGAGCCCGCACGCUGUCCAGUUUGAAGGUGCCCUCUGCCAGUUCAGUGUCCUCCCUGUGACGCAGGUUGCCCGUAAUUACUGUGCUCACCUGAGGAAGCAGUGUGGACAGGCUGACACGUAUCGGCCCCAGCUGGGACCCCUCUUCCCCGUAGACGCUGGCAGACCCUUCGCCCUCCAGAGCGACCUGGCCCUGCUAGGCCUGGAGAACCUGACCACUGCCACACUGGCCCUGGGGGCACGGCCAGUAGGCAGGGGACCCACGGUGACCGUGCCCACCAAGCCCCUAAGGACAAACCCUCCAGACCUUCACCAGCACGUGGCAGGGGGAGGCCCAGCCCAGACCACGUCGCCACCUGCCAAGCUGCCAGCCAGUAAAGCACCUCCUUCCUCGUCCCCAGCCUUUCCUGCCAGCCCUACCAGGGCCCGCCCUGUAGCUGCCCAAUCCUUGCAGAAGGUCACAGCCACCAAGAUCCCCAAGAGUCUCCCCACCAAGCCUCUGGCCCCUUCUCCUUCAGUUGCCCCUACGAGAAGCCCUCAGCUGACCCAGAAAACUGCUCCCCGUCCAUUCACAAGGUCAGCCCCACCCACCCGGAAGCCUGUGCCUCCCACCCCCCACCCAGCUCCUGCCAAGGCCUCCGGUCCUACAGCGAAGCCUGUCCAGCGGAACCCUGUUGUGCCCCGACUUGUGCCGCUCAGUGCCCGGCCUCCCGUGGCCAGCUCCUCUAAGUCCUUGCCCACAGUAACCCAGGAUGAGUCCAGGCUAACCAGCCGUGCCAGCAAGCUGGCCUCAACCCGUGCCAGCACCCACAAACCUCCCCAGCCUGCAGUUUUGCCCUCGUCUUCUGCGUCUUCUGCUUCCAGUUCUGGCUCUACCAGAGCUGCUCGGCCGUCAGCCACAGUGGUGGCUCCAGCCUUGGGCACUGGGACUCCCAGAACAACACUUCCUACUCUCGCUCCUGGUUCUGUCCCUUCUGGAAACAAGAAACCCACUGGAUCAGAAGCCUCAAAAAAGAGUGGACCCAAGAACAGCACCUGGAAGCCCACACCCGUCAAACCUGGGAAGGCCGCUGGGGAUGCCCCCUUGAACGACCGGACAACCAGGCCCAGCCCCAGCCAGUCCCUGGCCAGUUGGCGGACCACCCCUGCUGUGGUGUUAGCCCCAGCGCGAGUCCUGUCCUCCAACCCCCGGCCCACGAGCGGCAGCUACUCCUUUUUCCACCUGGUGGAACCCACCCCUUUUCCACUGCUGAUGGGGCCUCCAGGGCCCAAGGGAGACUGCGGCCUGCCGGGUCCCCCUGGGCUUCCUGGACUACCUGGACCUCCUGGCCCCCGGGGGCCUCGGGGUCCUCCUGGGCCGUAUGGAAACCCAGGCCUGCCCGGCCCUCCUGGUGCCAAAGGACAGAAAGGGGACCUGGGGCUCUCACCAGGACAGGCCCACGAUGGGGCAAAGGGUGACAUGGGCCUGCCUGGGCUCUCCGGGAAUCCAGGACCUCCAGGAAGAAAGGGACACAAGGGCUACCCUGGACCUGCAGGGCACCCCGGAGAACAGGGGCAGCCGGGACCCGAGGGCAGCCCAGGGGCCAAAGGUUACCCUGGCAGGCAGGGGUUACCUGGACCUGUAGGAGACCCUGGCCCUAAAGGCAGCCGGGGCUACAUCGGAAUCCCAGGGCUCUUCGGCCUGCCAGGGUCCGAUGGAGAGCGGGGCCUGCCUGGUGUUCCUGGCAAGAAGGGCAAGAUGGGUAGGCCGGGCUUCCCUGGAGACUUUGGGGAAAGAGGCCCACCAGGACUUGAUGGAAACCCUGGCGAUCUGGGCCUACCAGGGCCCCCAGGAGUCCCCGGCCUCCUUGGUGACAUGGGAGUGUUGGGUCCCAUUGGCUACCCAGGACCCAAGGGCAUGAAGGGACUGAUGGGCAGCGUGGGGGAGCCCGGACUGAAAGGUGAUAAGGGCGAGCAGGGCGUCCCAGGCGUGUCGGGAGAGCCUGGCUUCCAAGGAGACAAGGGGAGCCAGGGGUUGCCAGGUGUCCCAGGUGCACGGGGGAAGCCAGGGCCCACUGGCAGAGUUGGAGACAAAGGCUCUCUCGGGUUUCCUGGGCCCCCUGGACCCGAGGGAUUUCCGGGAGAUAUCGGCCCCCCUGGAGACAACGGCCCGGAGGGCACGAAGGGUAAGCCUGGAGCUCGAGGCCUGCCGGGACCCCGUGGGCAGCCGGGGCCUGAGGGAGAUGAGGGACCCAUGGGGCCACCAGGGGCCCCUGGCAUGGAGGGUCUGCCUGGAAGGAAGGGAUUUCCUGGGAGGCCCGGCCCGGAUGGCUCAAAGGGGGAGCCAGGGGAACCUGGACGGCCGGGGCCCAUGGGUGAACAGGGGCUUCUGGGAUUCAUUGGUCUGGUUGGGGAGCCAGGAAUCGUGGGAGAAAAGGGUGACCGUGGCGUAAUGGGACCCCCAGGUGCUCCAGGACCUAAAGGGUCGAUGGGUCAUCCAGGAAUGCCAGGUGGUGUCGGGAUUCCCGGAGAGCCUGGACCCCCGGGUCCUCGAGGAUCACGUGGCCCACCAGGCAUGCGGGGAGCGAAGGGACGCAGGGGUCCCCGAGGACCAGAUGGACCAGCUGGAGAGCAGGGGUCCAGGGGCCAGAAGGGCCCUGCAGGACCUCGGGGCAGACCGGGCCCACCUGGACAGCAGGGUGCAGCUGGUGAGCGAGGCCACUCAGGGCCACGAGGCUUUCUCGGCAUCCCAGGUCCCUCGGGCCCCCCAGGCACCAAGGGCCUCCCAGGAGAACCGGGCCCUCAGGGACCACAGGGGCCAAUUGGCCCUGCAGGAGAGAUGGGGCCCAAGGGGCCGCCGGGUGCAGUGGGAGAACCAGGCCCUCCCGGGGAAGCUGGGAUGAAGGGCGACCUUGGACCCCUGGGCAGCCCUGGGGAGCAGGGCCUCAUUGGGCAGCGGGGGGAGCCAGGCCUUGAGGGAGACAGUGGUCCUGCAGGGCCCGACGGGCUGAAGGGGGACAGGGGGGACCCAGGGCCUGAUGGUGACCGUGGUGAGAAAGGACAGGAAGGGCUGAAGGGCGAGGAUGGGCCCCCUGGGCCCCCUGGCAUCACUGGCAUCCGGGGUCCCGAAGGAAAACCAGGGAAGCAGGGCGAGAAGGGCCGGAUGGGAGCCAAGGGUUCCAAGGGCUACCCAGGACAGCUGGGUGAGAUGGGCGUCCCUGGGGACUCCGGACCCCCGGGCACCCCAGGCCCUAAAGGGUCCCGGGGCAGCCUGGGACCAACGGGUGCUCCAGGACGGAUGGGGGCCCAAGGAGAACCAGGACUGGCUGGUUACGGUGGACACAAAGGCGUUGUGGGACCCCUUGGGCCUCCGGGACCAAAAGGCGAGAAGGGAGAGCAGGGUGAGGAUGGCAAGGCCGAGGGUCCCCCUGGGCCACCUGGAGAUCGGGGUCCUGUGGGUGAUCGAGGAGACCGCGGGGAACCUGGGGACCCUGGAUACCCUGGACAGGAGGGUGUGCAAGGCCUCCGAGGAAAGCCCGGCCAGCAGGGCCAGCCCGGGCAUCCAGGACCCCGGGGGCGGCCGGGACCCAAAGGAUCAAAAGGCGAAGAGGGCCCAAAGGGAAAGGCAGGCAAGGCCGGGGCGCCAGGCCGGAGGGGAAUCCAGGGACUGCAGGGGCUGCCGGGGCCUCGGGGCGUGGUAGGGAGACAAGGCCCUGAGGGUGCCGCUGGACCAGACGGGCUUCCAGGCAGGGAUGGCCGAGCAGGACAGCAGGGAGAGCAGGGAGACGACGGGGACCCCGGCCCCGUGGGCCCUGCUGGGAGGAGAGGAAAUCCGGGUGUAGCCGGCUUGCCUGGAGCACAGGGGCCCCCAGGAUUCAAGGGUGAAAGCGGGUUACCCGGACAACUGGGUCCUCCCGGCAAGCGGGGCACAGAGGGCGGAAUGGGGCUUCCUGGGAGCCAGGGGGAGCCGGGCUCCAAGGGCCAGCCGGGCGACUCCGGUGAAAUGGGCUUCCCCGGAGUGGCUGGCCUCUUCGGACCCAAGGGCCCCCCUGGUGACCUCGGCUUCAAAGGCAUCCAGGGCCCCCGGGGGCCUCCCGGCUUGAUGGGGAAGGAAGGCAUCGUUGGGCCCCUCGGAAGCCUGGGCCCCUCAGGACUCCCGGGUCGGAAGGGUGACAAAGGCAGCCGUGGGGACUGGGGACUGCAAGGUCCAAAAGGUCCUCCCGGCCCGAGAGGGCAGCCCGGGCCCCCGGGCCCCCCAGGACAUCCCCUCCAGCUUCAACAAGAUGACCUCGGGGCAGCUUUCCAGACGUGGAUGGACACUAACGGAGCACUCAGAUCAGAGGAGUAUAGCUAUCCGGACCGGCUGGUGCUGGACCAGGGAGGGGAGAUCUUCAAAACCUUACACUACCUCAGCAACCUCAUCCAGAGCAUUAAGACGCCCCUGGGUACCAAGGAGAACCCUGCCCGGGUCUGCCGGGACCUCAUGGACUGUGAGCAGAAGAUAGCGGACGGUACCUACUGGGUGGAUCCAAACCUUGGCUGUGCGUCCGACACCAUUGAAGUCUCCUGCAACUUCACACAUGGCGGACAGACCUGCCUGAAGCCCAUCACCGCCUCAAAGGUGGAGUUUGCUGUCAGCCGGGUACAGAUGAACUUUCUGCACCUGCUCAGCUCCGAGGUGACGCAGCACAUCACCAUCCACUGCCUGAACAUGACCGUGUGGCAGGAGGGCCCAGGGCAUACCCCGGCCAAGCAGGCUGUGCGCUUCCGAGCCUGGAACGGGCAGGUCUUCGAAGCUGGGGGUCAGUUCAGGCCAGAAGUGUCUGUAGAUGACUGCAAGGUCCACGAUGGUCGCUGGCACCGGACACUCUUCACCUUCCGUACCCAGGACCCCCAGCAGCUGCCCAUCGUUGGCGUGGACAACCUCCCUCCUGCCUCAUCAGGGAAGCAGUACCGCCUUGAAGUUGGACCUGCGUGCUUCCUCUGACCUCUGUCCUCCAGGCUCCUGUAGGCCUCAUAGGGGAGGGAAGAGGAGGAGGAGGAGGCAAGAGAAGGGUACUGAGGGGCAUGUGGCCCCAGAAGAGGCAUCCCCUCUGCCCAAGGAGCUUUGGGGAAGCCCCAGCUGUUGUCUGCUCAGUAGGAGUAGGGGGAAAGAGGAAGCAGGCACAGUCGCUCUUCAGAACAACCAAUCCCAGCUUAGCCCCAAAGACCAACCAAAGAACCAACCAGAGCAAGCUGGGCCUGCAACCCACCUGGGCCCCGUGGCCUGACUCACAGCUCUGUGGCCGCCCUUCCCUGCCUGGCUUCUUACCCAAAGAGCCCCACAUUCAAGCCAACUUAAGGGAAGGGGCAUCUCUCGUCAGCUGGUCCCUGCCAGGGAGCUUUUGAUGUGCAAUAUUAGAAAGGAGACAUGAAAAAGGAGAAAAGGAAAGAAAGAAGUCUAUAUAUAUAUUUUUUAUUUAAACAAACACAAAGAGGGUGUGUUACUAUUUUUUUUUUCCACCUGGGAAAGAGGUGAGAGAAGAGGAUGAGAAAGAGCAACCAGGGGGUGGGAAGAGGCGAGAUCCUCGGGGCUGGGGGAACCCACGUUUGCUACCUCCCACUGUGAAAUCGCUGGUGCUCGCAAUUGUCUCGCAUAGUGUAUGUGACUUUUUUUUUUAAGGAAAAAAAACUAUUUAAGAUUCUGAAGGUGCUACUAUUUUUGCCACAGACUUUGAAGAAACUUUUGAUGUGGGAGAUCAUCCACAUCUUUCUCUGUCUUCCGAAUGACAAAGUUUGGGGAAUCUUUACAUUUUCCUAGCAUCACCCUUGUGCUCAUCAGGUAACCUACUAAAGGAAAAAAGGAAGGAGAAGCAAAGAAAAAAGGGAGGAGGGGGAAAAAAGCAAAAACACAAAA